AUGCAGGAGGCAACUCAGGAGAUGCUGACCAUCAAUACAAAUAAGUGUCUCAACUAUGGUGUCAAGGGUGUACCAAGUAUGUUCCAACAACUUGUUGACACGGUGCCUACUAAUGUCCCUAAAGCCGUCGCCUACUUGGACGAGGUUUUGACCAUCGGCAGCACAGAUAAGAGAUUGCUCCAGAGGCUUGGCAAGUUCAUGGAGAAUCUCAUUGAUAAUGGUCUAAAAUUAACAUGGAAAAGAGUGCGUUUCCUCGAAAGAGAACCUACUACCUGGGACUUGUGGUAAGUGAGGGUCGGUCAGAUGUCCGCUGAAGCCAGGGAGAGUGACUCCAUUCAAGAAGCUGAGGGUGCAAAGGAAUGAACGAAAACUUUACUCCGUCAUGGGGCUAGUUAGUUACUGCGCACCCUUUAUUGCCGGGCUCGACAGUUAAGGGCCAUAGUUGAACCGACUUCUACGCCAGGAUACGAAAUUUGAUUGGUCCACAGACUGUCAGGAAGCGUCCGAUAGGAUCUAGACGAUGAUUAGUGAGUUAGUUGUGCUUUCACAUUUCGUGGCGAGAAAGGUUACGGUCGUGCAGGUUGAUGCAUUUAAUUAUGGGUUAGUCAGCGUUAUCCUUCGGAAGGGUUCGCUGGGUGACAUCGUAUCCUUGAUGCAUGUAGUGCAAUCACUCAAAAGGCGGAGAGAAACCUCAGUCAUACUGAAUUAGAGACCUCGGCGAUCACCUCUGAGAAAUUCAAUCGGUUCAUUUAAGGUGGACAUUUCAUCCUCCGCACGGAUAACAACCAAUUAAAGUUUUAGCCGGGCGAUGUGCGGCUAGGAGGAUACAGCGAUGUAAUCCAAUUCUUCGGGAUUAUGAUUCACAAUCCAGUAUGUGCCCUAUCAAAAGUUCGAAGUUUUGGACGCCUUGUCACGGCUGAGCGUAGGCGAAGAACGUCAAGAAGACGUGGCGGUCGCAAGCCCGCUGAUACAAGACAACCACAAGUUUAGAUGCCUCAUCCGGCAAGUUCCCCUAACUGCCGAGCAUAUCACGUAAUGCACUGUAGCAGACCCAUUACUGCUUCAGGCAAAGAAGUUUAUUUUGAACGGCUAGUCCAGUGAAGACAACGUUCACCUAUCCAAAGAAAGAAAUCAAAAGAGACAACUUUACGUCACUAAAUACCGUAUAGUGCAUGGUUUUUAGAAUGGUGAUUCUAGCCUAACUUCAGCAACAGGUUCUAUUUGCGCUUCAUGCCGUGCAUUAGGGUAUGGACUGCUUGAAAAAGCUGGCCCCAAACCACGUGAAUUGGGCUGGAAUUGAUGGCGACGUGGAAUCUUUAGUUCGAAGCUGCGACCACUGUGGGGCUCAAGCUGGGACCCAUUAAAAGUACUGUCUGUCCCAUGGUCGAAGUUGAUGAGACCACAUGGACUUUGCCGAACCCUCCUUCAACCGAAUGUUUCUUAUAUUUGUUGACGCAUGGUCAAAGUAGCCGGAAGUUUCCGAUGUCAUGACGUCUACUGGUGACAUUAUAAUGAAGUAGAUGAGAGAACUUAUUUCCAGGCAUAAUAUCACUACAGAGAUUGUGACGGAUAACGGCACCCAGUUUACAUCAUCACUGUUUCAGCCAUCGUGCCAGAAUUAGAGGAUCCGACAUGUCACGUCACCAUCUUUUCACCCGAAAUCUAACGGCCAGGCAGAACAUUUAGUUGAUACAUUCAGGAGAGCAAUGAAAAAGGAGUGCAAAUCAGACGCCAAAGUUGACUACCUAAAAGGGUCCCUCAUUGCCUACAGAACAAUUCCGGAAAGUGGUCUUGGCGGUCAAACGCAAACCGAGAGUUUUUAGGUCGGCAGUCUGACGCACGAUUGCUGCAUCUGGGACCAGAGGUCCGUCACGACACUAUUUUCGGGACGGAGAAAAGUUGUUUGCCCGUCAUUACAAACCUGGAGAGAAGCCGGAGGUAGAGGGUAUUAUAAAAAAGCCCAGAAGCAUGAUAUUCGAGGUAGAAACAUCGUUUGAGACAAUCGGAAGGCACGCGAGCUACCGCAGUCACGGUGUCACUACAGAUGACCAAGUAGCAAUCGAUCUGCUACGUGAUACCUUCGAGGUCCCGACCCCCAGGUUAGACUGUCAUCCAGCACCAACUGCCAUCCGUAGGAGCCACAAAGGAACUUAUCCUGGACCUGAGGCGGAAGAGGUGGUAGGUCCACUUUUCAAAGGCGUGAGGGGAUAUGGAAAACGAAAACGAAGUGGAGUAACGGCCUAAGGCGAAAGGAAGGAGUGACCACACAGGGCACUGCAGGCCAAGCCGUCCGCGAAAUGCACGUGUGAGGUGAAGCAACCAAUCAGCGUGCACUGCGUCAUCGGCGCUGCGGCCCAAUGGAUGGCCGGUCGAACUUCCGAGAUCUUUCUAUCGGGGGAUUCUCGCGCACGAAACGGUCAGUCCACGACCGAUAUACCAGAAGUAAGAAUGUUCUAGGACCCUUGAGACGACUUAUAAAAUGUGUUGUGCAGGCCCUUAGAAUAUAGUGGUUGUUCCCAGACCCGGCUUCUCUGCUCUGCCAUCCACCCGUCGGUACAUAACAGCUUAGUAAUGCAGCACCACAAGUCUCCUGUUUCUUUUGAGAAUUACUUUGAUCAACUCGUUCCCUCGACAAGCCUUGCUGGUCAACAUGCUUAUUGUCUUACUCAGGUUAACAGACUUGGCCGAAAAUGGUAUGGAGUGGCCUUUGUCAAGAGACAAGAUGAAGACUUCCUUAUUAGUCUUCAGACUAGUCAGUGCGCGUCGUCGCGUCAAUACGAGUCACAUGGGCGCUGGUUGCUACAUCAACACGAUUUGUCGUUCCAGAUAAUAGUGGCAGCUGAAAUGCAAAUGACAAUUCAGUGCAUCGGGAAUAUCCGGCCCAUCUUACGUACAACUGCACUCCCUAGGGCAGGCUGGACGACUACCAAGCUAACUUGGGUUGGUUGCACUGUCAUUUGCCAUUAAGAAAGACAACAUUUCACUUCUAAUAUUCUGGAAAAAUUUGAAGUUCGACACUUCGUCAUCCUAUGUACAUUUGAUUAACUCCCCAUACUGCAGGCAGCCUCGCGCCAAAUUCCAUGGGAUACCUAUUCCUCGUGUCCUAACUUUACCCCCUGAAAGUAGUACUAACCCUAACCCGCCUAGACAUAAUCCGAACCCCGACAUCAACCCUCAUAACCCCAACCCUACUUCCCUCCCUGUAAUUUAGGACAAGGUCACCCGUACUAUGAAUGUUUAAGUGAUAAAGCCAUUAGUUGGGCACAGAAAGUAGGCCAUCCGGGAAACGAAGAUAGAAGUAUCCCAAUAGUUACAAACUAGUAAAUAAGAACAAAGUCGUAAGCAGGUAAAAAUGUACGUGCUAGUUCUUUGUCUAAUUCAAUGUUGUGCCAGGUUAUUUAACAAGCGUAUUUUAACUUAUUAAAACAAAACGGACUUAAAUGUCACACACAAUACUCCCCCUCCUAGGAGAACGGAGUUCAAAAAAAAUUAUUGUUAAUAGAAGGAAAAGGUGGGAGUGUUAUGCAUAUUGCACAAGUUGGUAACAGUCGGGAAAACGGGCAUGACGACCGCUGCGCGUAAGGGGAGGAGUCUGUGGGAUAUGGAAAGACGCAGGGUUAUUGGGCGUAAGUGGAGUCUGGGAAAUAGCAAGUGGCAAUGUGCCGAGUGGAAGUUGUUCGUUUGGGAAAGUUGAAAGAGGAUCGGUAUAAGCCGCCUUCAAGCGAUCGACUGAGAACACGUCGGUGCGGCCUCCACGGUCAAUUGUAAAAUGCUUGUACUUGCGAGAUAGUACUCGAAAUGGGCCGUCGUAGGGCUGUUGUAGUGGCCGGCAUCUACACUCUCAAGUCAAACAUUAGACGACAGUUAUUCACGCAGAUCUAAACUAAGGCAAUGAAUUCCGUAUUUUCGUAACCUAGACACUUGAGAUAUCAAGGUCAUCAAGGUGACUUGUGUCAUUAAAUACUGAAUUGUUUGCCAACUGAUGAGGUUCAAGCCUAGCCUAACUAAUACACAGUUUAUGGACAGAUUCUUGACACCGACCAGCUACAGGCGUUUUGGCACCGUUGCAAAUGCACAGCCAGCCUUCGGUACGAACGUGACCCUAGGCUGACAUGUUGAAGAGGCCCUGCUCCAGGCGCCUGCCACAACACAGCGCCUCUCGCGCGUACUUGCGCGCGUGUGUCUGUGGCCAAUCACAGCUAUCAAAACUGACCAAUCAAAGCCGACUCAGAUGCCCGCGCCCAAGGCGCUCUAAUGCAUGGCCCACUGGCGAUCGAACGCCUGCUCUCGCGGCGUCGCACGUGUACCAUCGUCCGUCUGCCAACUUCCGCUACCGUAUUAUCCAUUCUGUACAGAAUGUAAUGCUAGACAUUCAAUAUAUCAUGAUCAUUAAGAUGACAUAAAAUACUCGAUUGUCCACCAGAUGGCGAGGUCCUAAAUCAAGCUAAGUAACACACGGUUACAUAGUGGAGGUGAAUGGGUUUUGGCACCGUGGCAAAUACACAGCCAGCCUCGAUAACAAUCGGAAACCCACUACGCCCUAUGCUGGAAGCCAUGGAAUCACUGUAAAGUUCAAGGCCCGCCACAGAAUCAUCUGCCUUAUGCACGUUCUUCGUGGAACUAUCAAUGGCUCCCCCUUCCAAAGCGGGGAGAUGACAGAGUAUUCGGAUAUUUCAGAUGACGUGAUACGAGACUGUGUUUUCGUCCCUGGGAUCUCAAUAGGUUUGGGGAUCUUGAUUGUGAAAUAUGCCUCCGAAAAAGGUCUCGCCAAUUCGACUUGUCUUAUCACAAUUUCGGGUGAAAUACGGAUGGGAUGUGGAAAUAGAUACAGAAGGCAACGCAGGAGAUGCUGACCAUCAAUACAAAUAAGUGUCUCAAUUAUGGCGUCAAAGACGUACCAAGUAUGUUCCAACAAGUUGUUGACACGGUGCCCACUAAUGUCCCUAAAACCGUCGGCUACUUGAACGGAGUUUUGGUCAUCGGCCGCACAGAGAAGUGAUUACUCCAGAGGCUUGACAAGAUCAUAGAAAAUCUCAUUUAUAAUGGCCUAAAAUUAACAAGGAAAAGAGUGAAUUUCCUCGAAAGGGAACCUACUACCUGGGACUUGUGGUAAGCGAGGCUAGGUCAGAUGUUCGCUGAAUCCAGGAAGGGUGACUUCAUUCAAGAAGGUGAGCGUGCAAAGGAAUGUACGGGAGCUUCGAUCCUUCAUGGGGCUAUUUAGUUACUGCGCUCCCUUUAUUGCCGGACUCGACAGUUAAGGGCCAUAGUUGAACCGACUUCUACGCCAGGAUACGAAAUUUGAUUGGUCCACAGACUGUAAGGAAGCGUUCAAUAAGAUUAGGACGAAAAUUAGUGAGUUUGUUUUGCUUUCACAUUUCGUGGUGAGAAAGGUUACAGUCGUACAGGCUGAUGCAUUUAAUUAUGGAUUAGUCAGCGUUAUCCUUCGGAAGGGUGCGCUGGGUUAAGUCCUAUCCUUGAUAUAUGUAGUGCAAUCACUCAAAAAGGCGGAGAGAAACCUCAGCCAUACUGAAAUAGAGACCUCGAGGAUCAUCUUUUAGAAAUUCAAUCGGUUCAUUUAAGGUAGACAUUUUAUCCUCCACUCGGAUCACGGCCAAUUCAAGUUUCAGCCGGACAUAACUCGUUACAUGCCGCAAUACGCGGUUAGGGGGAUACAGCGAUGUAAUACUAUUCUUCGGAAUUAUGAUUCACAAUCCAGUAUGUGCCCUCUUAAAAGUUCGAGGCUUUGGACGCCCUGUCACGGCUGAGCGUAGGCGAGGAAAGUCAAGAAGACGUGGUGGUAGCAUGCCCGCUGAUAUAAGACAACCACGAGUUUAGAUGCGUUAUCCGGCAGGUUCCCCUAACUGCCGAAUAGAUCACGUAACUCACUGCUGAAUCUGGGACCAGAGGUCCGACUUGCCUAACCGUAAGGACACUAUUUACGGGACGGAGCAGAGUUGUUUGCCCGUUAUUACAAACCUGGAUAGAAGCCGUAGGUAGAGGGUAUUAUCAAGAAGUUCAGAAGCGUGAUGUUCGAGGUGGAAACAUCGUUCCAGCCAAUCAGAAAGCACGCGAGCCACCGCAGUCACGGUGUCACUACAGAUGACCAAGUAGCAAUCGACCUGCUACGUGAUACCUUCGAGGUCCCGACUUCCAAUUUAGACUGUCAUCCAGCACUAACUGCAUCCGUAAGAACCACAAAGGAACUUAUUCUGGACCUGAGGUGGAAGAGGUGGUAGGUCCACUUUUCAAGGGCGUGAGGGGAUAUGGAAAACGAAGUGGAGUAAUGGCCUAAGGCGAAAGGAAGGAGGGACCACACACGGCACUGCAGGUCAAGCCGUGUGUACUGCGUGUACUGCGUCAUCGGCGCUGAGGCCCAAUGGAUGGCCGGUCGAACUUUUGAAAUCUUUUUACGUGGGGAUUCUCGCGCACGAAACGGCCAGUUCACGACCGAACACGGUGGAUUCAAGUGAGAAUCCGAAACGUCAGGCGAAUAAAGCCCUUGUUCCAGCGAUCGAUUCUUCUUCUGAUCAACUAGUUCCUGGAACUCGCAUCUUCGCUUGUAUCGGCAAUUCAUAUUGAUCCAACUGUGAAAAACUCGGCGUCUCGGAGAGAUUCGAACCUACGCAUUAAGGGCAAGGCGUUAGUACAGCCAACGCAGUUGGGUCAAUAUGAAUUAUUCAAAAUCUACCAAAACAUACAUGAAUUACGUGAGCCUGGUAGUCAUCAGGUGGAUUCUAGGUGAAUUACUUAGGAAAUUCUGCUUGGGCAUUCAACUUACUGUAUCAGAUUUGGUGGAUUCCAGACGUUGCAGUAGGUUGGACGAGCAACUUGACCCAAAUGUGAUUAAACACGCGUCGUCUGGCGGGGCCUCGUAGCUCAAGUGGUAAGAGCGUUGGCAGUACUAAAGCCAUCCCCUUAAUGUGUGGAUUCGAAUCCCUCCAAGGCACCGAGCUUUUCACAGUUGGGUGAAGAUGAAGUAGUCAAAAUCCACCAAAACCUGUUUGAAAUAGCAAUUUCCAAAAAAUAACGGACUUUGAAUAAAGCGUCGCUGGCAUGUUUACAUUACGCCAGGAAGGGAAGGAAAUUUCAAAGAAUGGGAACGGUGAGUACUAGGUGAUGUUUGCAGUCACACUGAAUUUUAGGGUAUGUUUUUGUAGUUUUCAUCUACUUGUGCGUCUUACACCCUAUACUUACCCCACUGAGCGUGGCAAGUUUUUAGUCAGCUGCUUUAGAUUCCUGUCCGCAUAAUCUCUUUAUGAGAAUCUAAUUGUUGAGUGAAGCUCAGAUCUCCAUUGUCGAAUAAAAAGUUGCAACUCGCCUAAUUUGGAGUUUUAUUUUUUAACCAGUCGGUUGUUUCAAGAAGUUUUCCUUCAACUGUUGCGUAGAACAUCGUAUAAAUUACGUUACUCCUGCGCAGACUGGUUGCGAAAAUAUCCAAUCAGUUUACAGACAGUGCCGAGUCGAUGAGCCACGCUGUUUUUCCAAUGGUAACUUAACUGAUUGGGCGUCUUUGGUAAAUAUGCUGAGCGCACCGGUGUCAAUCAGAAAAAGCCUGUCGUGACACAACCAAAUUAACCACUGAGGAGAACUCUGUUAAAAGCCUAAACAAAAUGGCUUGCGAUGGAUGUGGAAGUUAAGGAACUGUUUUGUUCAAUGUCCCUUUGAGAAGACCAAUCUAGCUAAUAGGCGGUUUCCUAGAGCCAAGGUGACCGACCGAUGUGUCUGUGCGGGUUUCCUCUCAUCCAUACGCGUCUUCUGGCUUUUAAGACUGGUUUCUGGGGCAUCGCCAGUUUUCAAUCCGUGACGCGGGGAAAUUAGUGUAAAAUAAUAGGCCUCCUAGACGCUGACUGUGAGCUUUGAAGAAAGCAUUGCCAUCUACGGCGGAGUACUAACAGUUACGGGUCUAGGUUUUCAAACUAGAGAAUCAUGCACCAUUUUUUACGAUCUUCAAACAAGUGCGGGCGUCCUGCUUGAACGAUACUGUAUUUAUGUGUAUGGCCAUUUCUGGCUUAUUAACCGCCGUCAGCCAGUCAUACCCAAUCCCGAAGUGUGGCACACCCGAGGCUCGAACACGCGACCUGUUUGUUAGAAGUCCACGCCUCUACCCAUCGGGCCACGAGCCCGUUGCCCUGUCGCGAGUUCGAGGCUAGGGUGUUCCACACUUCGGGCUUGGGUAUGGCUGGCUGACGACGGCUAAUAAGCCAGAAAUGGCCAUUCCAGUCUCUCAUGUCUUUGUCGGUAAUACUAUUCUGCCUAUAUUUCAUGCGCCGCUGUGCAGCUGCUGGUUGGGCUCGAGAGAGUGCCCUUAAGGCACAACGGAACGAGUCAGUUCCGUAUGAACGAUUGGUGAGCGGCCCCUACCAUUAUAUAUAUAUAUUGGAAAGUAGACAUCCAAGAAAUAUAAUUUGAUAUAUAUACAUAUAUAUAUAUCAAAUUAUAUUUCCUGGAUGUCUACUUUCCAAUAUGAAAGUUUAACCGUCGUUGCUGAAGAUGUCCACUGCGUGCUCCACACAAAGUUACAACAGUCAUGCGAAUUGCGCAUGAAUUAGUUCAUACUGAUACUAAAUCACCCAGGAUUUCAACACUGGCAAUGAAUUCCAUAUUCCUGCAAUCGUCACCUUCACAUUCAAUUUUUCACAUUUGUUAUAGAGUUCCGGCACGUCCGCCCAAUGUUGCGAACUGAGACCAGCUUAGCAAAAACACACUUAAUGGAUAUUCUCUUGACAUUGUGUAGUUGAUUGUGUUUUGGCACCGUGAUAAAUGCACAGUCGAAUUAAGUAACGGUCGCAGAACCUACUGGACUCAUGACUGACAGUCAUGGAAUCGUCGCGAAACCCUACUGUUCCAAGCUUUGCCGCAGAACCUUCAGUCUCGUCCUAAGCGUCGUCUCCACCCCAGUGAGAAGAAAACAAAGUAUUGGGAUAGUUUGAAGAACGUGAGGCAAGAGUGUGUUUUUUCCCGAGGAUCUCGUUAAAGGCCUCACAUGCCGGCUCUCUCUUGUACCCUGAAAUGGCACUCAAUAUACAGAGUUAUGAACAUUUCGAUAUUCAAGGUCACUGACUGUCAGGUGGAAAAGUACCCAACCACCAGCCACCACUUAUCACUCCAACAGAUGCCCUCCAUUGAUAUUGGUGCCUGCUCCCCCCUUCCACUGUCAUCUGCCCUUCCUCCAUUCCCUCAACUUCGUCAUUACUAUUAGAAUUUCCUCAAGUUGCCCUCCCUCCCAUGUGGAGAGUAAAGGAAGAUAACGAAAUUUUCCUUUCCCCGAUCGACUUGCUAAGCAGUCUUAGCUCCAGUUCAGCAAAAUUAAAUUUGCAAGCCAGCUUAGAGCAGCAAGCGCCCAUAUUACUGAGAUGCAUCCUGCUGCCGUUUGCUAGAGAUUUCCACUGAUCGAUAUUUCCUCUUCCAUGAUAGUAUCCCAAGAGGGCUCCUUUUUUCUUGACGCCUAUUCAUUCUCCUCCGCCUGAAAUUACGUACUAAUAUAACCAUCCACGCCACAACUGUACUCAAUCACACGAACACUGGGCUACUGAAACUCAGGCCUCACCCGCGCACACGACAUGAAAGUAAAUGGAAAUUGGCCAGAUCAUCACAAAUACGUGUUCGUAAAGUGAUUCCAAAUACGCACUUUAAUAGGGUUGUUUCGCAAUUAAGAAAAGCAAACAGACAGGCCAGUGCAGCUGCAAACAUAUAGAUCCAAGGAAAUUAUGUUUCUUCGAUUUGGAUUAAAAUGCAAAGCUGGACAGUGGUAAUGGCCGCGUGGUGCUGAACUAGACUGCCAAUUUCACCCUAACCAAUCAUGUACAGGAAGCGCAAUGCAUAGCACUACAUGGUGGCCGCCACUAAUAUCUGACGAGAGGCUAUCCACUGACUUAGACAACCUGCGCGAUCUCUCCAACCAAAUGUUGUUUUUCGAAUAGACAGCGUUUUUUCCUGUGCUGUAUUAUUCGUGCGAAAGUAGCUUAGAGUGAUCCGGGUGUCGCAUUCGAUGCUUGCUCCAGUUAGCCACCAAGAUAUCUUUCAACGCAUUGUUAUUUCCAGUACUAGAAUUGGGGAUUAUGUACCUCUAUAUGAGGUCUGGCGAAAACUGUCUGAAAGAGUGGGUGCUAUUGAAAUCCUCAUAUUCCAUUGAGUAUCAGUUUUCGAUUGUUCAGGCACCGAUUGCAUGUUGGAAGUAGAUACCAUUAUUUUCAGUUCGGAAAUGGUCUCUGCAAAUAGUCCGUGGCGAUCGCAAGACCUGAGGAAGAUGCACGUAUUCGCCACGCGCUCACUCGCUCCACUUUCAAUUUCCUCAACACCUCCUCCGUCUGCUUUUUCGGAUUCAAAGUCGCAAUUGAUGAAGACUCCCAAGGAUGUAGAGUCCUUUCAGUAUCAGUGGCUAUUCCGAAUACAUCUCCCCGGUAGGUACAGCCUAUUGCCUCAUCUCCCCAGCACAGCCAUCACUUGCUGUUAUCGUACUACAUUUGACGCCAAAGCUAAUAACCGCUUUGCCCCUGCUCUUUCAUCUAUAAGCAGGACCCAUUAAUGAAUCGAGCCAGGCCGGAGGUCAGGACAACCAAUCCUCGGACAGGUCCAUUGUCAGUUGCAAUUCUGGAGUCUGAGACAAUCGUUUCUUCGUCAUUACAGGUGCGCAGAUGAGCGCCAUUCCUCCAGUAGCAGUCGACCAUCGGUGCCUCCAUUGCCCUUUACCCUUGGUCCUGCAGUCGCUGAUAUCCCGUGUCCCAUUUUCGGUGCAGAAUUUAUUGUCGUCUUCUGUUCGACUGCCAGUAGUCCAGUCCUUAUUGUCAGACUACCGCAUUCACUGUCCGGAUCCGGAUACACCUUCCUCUUGGGCUUCACCUCAGCUUUGGAGUCCUUGACCCCAACCCGACUAGUUCAUUUCACCACCUCUUCGCCAAUCAACCCGAUCGCAUGCGUCCCAAAUCCAGUGCCCCUACUCCACCGCGUGAUGUGUUUCCUCACAUAA